CCUACAGCCUCUGCUGCUCGCUUCGCCGCUUGAGUCGUGCUCAGUUCAGCCGGAGCCCCUCAGAUCACUGGAAUGCUGUCUUUUGUCUCUAGCUCUGAUUAUCUGAGAUCCGCUGAAAUGACUGAAGUGAUGAUGAACACCCCAGCCAUGGAUGAGAUCGGGCUAAGCCCCCGUAAGGAUGGGCUGUCAUAUCAGAUCUUCCCUGACCCCUCAGACUUUGAUCGUUACUGUAAGCUGAAGGACCGCCUGCCCUCCAUCGUGGUGGAGCCCACGGAGGGGGAUGUGGAGAGCGGGGAGCUGAGAUGGCCGCCCGAAGAGUUCCUUGUGCAGGAGGAGGAUGAGGAAGAGGAGGAAGAAAACUGUGAAGAGGCAAAGAAGGACAACAAGGAGCAAUAAAUGGCAUCUGAGGAAAGGCAAGGGACUGCACCCUUCUGAAGGAAGAGCCACACUUUCUUUGAAAGUCUUUUUAAAAAGACAAGUUCAAUUUUGCACCUGCGAGAUCUUAGUUUUUUUGUAUUCUCUGUAUUGAGAACUGAAGCCCUCGGUGUCACCAGACCUCCUGAGGAAGGAAGGAAGUAACGCAGAGAAAUGUUUGCUGUUCUCGAGAUCGUUAUCUGUAUUUUUCCGAGGCGGAGGCAGCAGUGAAAUUCCAAGCACAUGGCAGAGGGUGACCACACGAGGACUGCUGGAGGGGGGAGCUCGGGAAGGGGGAGGAAGGUUGGAGGUGGCAGCAUUUGGCUGGGAGCUGCCUCUGGCUAGAAGCAUGAGAACAGAGCCAAAAUAUCUCAGAUUUGCCUUUCUUACAGCUUCCAUUUUGUGUGUUGGGGGGUGGAAGGGUGUCCAUAGUGAAGCAUGGCUAAAUGAUCUAGUGACAAGGGGCCUGUAGCUCUCCCUGGUUCGGCACCUCCUAGGGUAAGGUGAGCGUCCAUAGGAGUAGUCUGGUUUCUUGCUCUCGCUGUUGAGCCUGUUUUCCAGCCACUUUUCCCAAAGUUACUUUCUCCCCCUGUUUGCCUUUAGACUCUUCAAUGCUGAGCUGCUGUAUUUGCAGGAUAGCGUUAGGCUGCUGCUUGUCAUCUCUCCUGUGACGCCCUAGCUUAUCUUGCAGGUGGUGAGCAUGAGGUGAUGUGCAUCGGAUGUAAAAAGGUGCUUCUGUCUGCAGCAAGAGCUCGUGUUUGAACACCUCAGAUUUUUCUCUCCUGUCUGCUGAGACUGCUGUGGGUGGUCUCAUAUUUUAUGGUGCCCCAAGCCCAAUGGUGGAGAUUUAAGCCUCCUUGCUUUGGUGUCCUUGAGGUUGUAGGGCUUUGUGUCUCUUAACUUGCUGGUCAGUGAGCUGGAGAGGGCUGGUAUGGGGGGUUCUCCUCCAGCUUUGCACUGCAGGGCCUCCUCAGUGCAGGACAGGCUGGUGGGGAGGGCUGCCAGACCUGGGGGUCAUCUGGAGACGAAACACCAGAUCUAGUGUGGAUCACCAGUGGGGUAUGAAGUGCAGACUGGCUUGUGAAGUCUGGGUUUGUCCUCUCUUCAUCAUACCCUGCCUCAAGGAGAAGGCUGGUCUGCUGCCAGACAAGGUAACCUGCUGCUUUCCUGGAAAGGGAUGAUCUUGCAGCCUUGGGGACCAGCUUUGGGAGCCAGUCAGUCUUGGGAUAGGAUGAGAGCAGUUACCACCUAAACCAAAUCUGGGGUCAUGGAAGAGAAAAAGAAAUGUAAAGGCCUUAACCAAAUUUCCAUAAUAAUCCCAAUGCCACCCUCCUUUGCUUAUAACUGGUUCCAUUUUUAAAAUCUAUUUGGACAUGUGUGUAUUUGUAUUUUUAAUACCUCAUGAGUAGUUAAACGCUGGUGGGGUUUGGGAACUGCUUUUAACAUAUUGGCAGGAUUGUUUUAGUCUUGUCUUGCUUGUGUUUCAACAUAAUGGCAAUAAUUUAUCAGCUCUGUGUAACUAUUUUUGGACAGAUCGGAGUUUGGAGAUGAGUUAGCACAAAGCAGGAGAAAUUCAGUGUUCCUACACUGCAGCUGGCCUCUGGUCCAGCCACAUAGACCCAGUCAGACACUUUCCCUGCCCACCCUGGUGCAAGGUUGAUCACCGAAUGGCCAUGAUGUGGUGAUACCAUUUUCUCUAGCGAUGGAUUCAGCUGUUGUGUCUGUAACACUUGUUCUAGUCUUGCUGUCUUACUGGAGUGAGCUUGUAUACCGCAAACCAGCCAGUCGUCUUUUUUCUAAGUGUUACUCUCUAUUGGUCUCUACCAUCUGUACCACCAAGUCAAAGCUCUAUAUCAAAGAUAUUACCAUGUGGGCAGCAGUGAGAUGGCAAUCCUUGGACUUCAGACCUGCUGUCUGCCCUAAAGACUUGCAUAUUUGUCUGCAUCCUUUUUUUGGAAGUAUUGUGUAUAUUUCUAUUUGUUGUUGAACGUAACUAAAGAACAAAGCACUCCAGUAAAACUCCUCCUGUUGUAUGAUAUACAUUCUAUAUUUCUGUAAUUCUUUUUUGAGCCUCAGGGAGAAGCUAGCAUUUUUUUCAAACUACAUUUUUGUCACUGUGACAGUUGUAAAUAAAGUUUGAAAAUGCUUUCCAAACAUA